UAUAGUGUCCAUUAGGGGGCUCAUACCGAUUCUUUAUAAAACAUGCAUGGUUGUUUGAUUUGAUUUUUAUCAAUCUACUAAGCUGCCUGACGUUAGUGACGUCACAGAUUAUGACGUCAAAAAUUAACGUUAUCGCUAUAGACACAAAAAGCGACAUUAAAGAGAGACAAGCAAGCUUAAUCAUACAGUGAGAAAAGAGAGAUAUAUCAUCUUUAUUAAUGGAUAAAGAUACUUCAAACAUGGAUACAGAAAUAAAGACAGAAUCAGAGUCACCCCAUAAAUUUACUAGCGUUCUUGAACGGAGAAGGAUCAAGAGAAAAGAAGAAGACGAGGCGAAUAUUGAAUGGAGUCCGUUAGAGAAGCCAGAUAAUUCUGCGAUAGAAAGUCGGAUGGACAACAUCAUUGAGAAUUUAAAAAAGCAGUUUAAGCAAGAAAAGUUUGCAAGAAGACAAGCCCCCAAGGUUAGCACUUCCUAUAAAGUUUUUUGUAAUAGUGUUGACGCUUUCCUUCGUCAUCUAGAGAACCCAAAAGUCAAAUAUCAAGAAUCUAACAGAGAGUUACCUGGAAAUGCUGUGAAACCAGACAAAAUAACAAGCACUAAACAAAUGUCAGUGGACACACCAGCUCAAGACAGUCCAGUUCAUGAUGAAAGUCUUGAUGAUGAUGAUGCUAAUGCUGCUGUUGAUGAUGGUGAUGAUGUUCAACAAGUGAAACAUAAAGAAUGUGAACAUUUAAUUUCUCAGAUGCUUAAUAACGUUAUUUUGCGCGAUUCAAAAACCAUCAAUUGCAGCGAAGUCUCUUCCUUAUCAAUGCCUCACUUCUUUGGUGAGCCAACAGUCAAGAAACUGGUAACACAAACAAAAGCAGACGACAUAAAGCCCAUGCCAAGUUUAUUCCAAAAGAGACAUACGAGCAAUGCCUAUUUCUUUUCUUUGAAACAAAAGAAGUUGAUCAAUGGCUGUUUGCUACCAUAUUUACUUGCGCCUUCUCCAUUUAUUGGUUUGAACAGGAAGCAAAAGUACAUGGAGUUCUAUGAAGUUAAGUUCAAACCUGCAGAAGUGUCUCUUCUCAUGAGCAAUCCAAAAUAUAAAGUUGGCGAUCACAUUAGUAAAUGUGAGCAUCUUCCUGUAAACAAGUGUAUUGCAACUACUCAAAAGUCCGAUAUGCCUAAUGGCUUUAUUAAAUAUCAGCAGGUUCAAACAGAGAAUAAAAAUAAAUCGAUAACACAAGACAUCGGAAAAUCCAAGGUUCCUGACUUUAAAAGAAUAUUCAGCCUCGCUUUGCGUUACAAUAAGGUUCCAUGCCCAAGAACACUGUCUAUAUUUGGUUUAUAUUUUACACCUAUACUCUAUUUUGGCAGAGAAGCUGAAAUGCCACGUUUACCUCACUCUCUAGCAAACUUUACAGAUGAACGCAAAUCUAAAAGUCAUUACCAUAUAAGAACGUUGCUAACCCUGACAGCUACGACUUCAGUGAAAUAUGAAUUUUUAACAAUGGAAAUGGACAUAAUUACAACAUCAUCGUAUUUGAACACAAAACAUCCUGCCGUAACAGAUUUGGACAGUUAUAAAUUAAAGCCAGUCAAACACAUUGAUUCAUUCGAAAACGUCUUCUUUGAUAAUGUGGCGAUCACAUCAUCGCAUUUGAACACCGAGUAUCCUGCCGUAAAAGAUUUGGACAGUGACAAAUUGAAGCCAGCCAAACAUGAUGAUACAUCGGGAAAAGUCUUCUUUGAUAAUUUUGAGACAAUGGAGAAGAACGACAGUAAACAAGUUGAGGUUCAACCUGAAGAACUUGAAGUAAUCAUUGAUGACGAUGACGAUGAUUCGCCAUUUGGGAUACUGUCUGUCUAUUGCAGAAGUGGAAUUCAUUCAAGAUGAUUCCACAGAUGAAGGCCAAUAGAUGAACAGAGAUAGAAGAAUUUUUAUUUUUUGGAAUUUAAAUAUUUUUACAUUAUGAUUAAAAUAUUAUAAUCAAACGUA